AUGUCCAAAUUUGAUUAUGAGGAAUACCUUUAAACAUAACCAUAAUAAUAUAACUUGAAUAUCAGCUAUAACAACAUUUGCUAUUAUGUAAACGAUGGAAAAAAAGAAAGAAAGGUAUUAGAUAACUUAAGUGGAACCUUCAAAACAGGGUUAAAUGCUAUUAUGGGAGGAUCUGGGUCUGGGAAAACUUCUUUCUUAAAUGUAUUAGCCAAAAAGAUAGACUUCAAAAAGCAUAAAGUUGAAGGUCAGUCAACAAUUAAUGGUUUAGAGUAUGAUUAAAGAUUGUUUUAAUGUUUUGCUAAUUAUGCUUAGCAAGACGACAUUUUACUACCAACCUUAACUGUCAGAGAGUAUUUUGAAUUUGCAUCAAACCUUAAACUAUAACAUUUGAGCUACGAAAAAAGAUAAUAAUAAGUAGAUAAAAUUAUUAAUCUACUUAUGCUUUAAAAAUGUUAAAACACUUUAAUAGGUGAUCAUAUAAAUAGAGGAAUUUCAGGGGGCGAGAAAAAAAGAGUUUGUAUAGGAAUUGAAUUAAUAGGAAACCCAAAAAUUUUAUUUUUAGACGAGCCUACUAGUGGAUUGGAUUCCUUUACAGCUUUUGUGAUAAUUAAAAUGCUAAAGAAAUAUGCUGAAGAAUAAAGUUGCGUGAUUAUUUUCACAGUUCACUAGCCUUCUUCAGAUAUUUGGGAACUUUUUGAUUAAGUUACUUUUCUUUGUGAAGGAAGAUUUAUAUAUAAUGGUCAUAGAUAAAAUAUAAAAGACUACUUUGAAAAAUAAGGAUUUUAUUUUCCCAUACUAUAAAAUCCUGCAGAUUACAUAAUGAGUCUAGUGCAAUCAUAAAAUCAAUUAAUUUAAGAAAAAUUAUUAAAUACAUAACAACAACAAAGCGAUUAAUUAUCUAAUUAACUUGAAUAAGUAAAUUAAGAUAACACUAAAGAAAUAUGCAAACAUAAAUUAGAUUUAUUACUGAAAAAAUAAAACUUUUAAAAUUUUACUAGCGUAUGCAAAAUUUUGAUAAAAAGAUAAUUAUUAAAUAUAAAAAGAAACAGAAUUCUGUUAAAAGCAAGGUUUUUUUAAUAUCUUUUUACUAAUCUAUUCUAUGGUUUAAUCUAUUUUAAUAUUGGAAACAAAACUGAAUCUCCAUAAGAUGUCUUUUAAAUCUGUAAAUGUAUUUUGUUACUAGGGCUAGGAUGCUUCUUUUAAAGUAUAAAUCCUUAAACUAUUACUUUUUCUUCAGAAAAAGAAGUAUUCAUGAAGGAAUAUAAUUCUUAGAUGUAUUCAGCUUUAAAUUAUUAUUUAUCUAAAAUGCUUCCUGAAAUAAUACUUUGCUCAUAUUUUGGUUUAUAAGUCUCUUUAAUUUGCUUUUUUAUGAUAGGAUUUGAAGGAUCUACUUCCAAUUUCUUUUUUUUUGCUUUGAAUUUCAUUUUAAUUACAAAUAUCGGAAAUUCGGUAGGUAUCCUUUCAAGUGCUAUGUUUCAAUAAUCUAAAGUGGCUAUUUCAUUUAUCAUUGGUUUUUUGGUGCCUUAAGUAAUGUUUUCUGGUGUAUAUAAAAAUCUCAAUGAAUUACCUGAGUAUGUAUCUUGGUGCAGGUAUCUUACUCCUAUAUUUUAUUCAAAUAAUGCCAUAAUUAAUGAUUUAUUUUCAGGAAAAACUAUGAUAUACAAUCCUGUUGAACAAUUACACUUUGAUUUGGACAAAUGGGUAUGCCAAAAUUGCUUAGAUGAAAUAUAUCAAUAUUGA